AUGCCCAAUCGACAGCACCGCAAACAGAGAUUCCAAACGUCCAGCCUUGACCCGUCAUGGAUUCUGCCAGACGAAGAAUCUGCCGCGGUCGGUGUCGCCUUUGCCAAUGCUUCUGAAACUGCCUCAAUUUCCGACAGGUCGGUUAUGCAGCCCGAGCCUCGUGCCCAAGAACAGGCGGACGAUUCCGACACGAAGAUUACCAAACCAGUUCCCAGCGCUGAGGUACCUCCUGAGGCCGCUGCCAGUACCAAUGUUUACAGCGUUAGCGAUUCCUCAAAUAGCGCGACCCAUUCAUCCGUUCGUUUGACGCCGCCGAGCCGUGAAGGUCAAGAUAAACAAAGGUCGGAGAAUGAAGAUAGAUUGGCUGUACCGCGCAGUCAAGUCAGAAGAAGGCGGAGAAAACGAUACACAAGCAAACAUGCCCCUGACUGGCUUGAAAAUGAUGCGGCGGACACGACUUCUAGAGAGGCCGAGGGCGCGGGGACUGCAAUUUUGCAUUCCAGAGUGGAAGGCCUUGGACUGCAGGAUAGGCCUCGGGGGGUUCCGGUCUGGGCUCCUCCUGAAAGCAGGCCAAUCCGUUCCGAGCCGGUAGCUGACGUACCCUCUCCAUUCCCAGUGUCAAUCUUUCGCAUUUCGGGGACGUCUCACUAUAGUUCUGGAUACGACGCACCACCUAUAGCACCUCAAACACCCUCAACGUAUUCACCCAGUUACAGGUUUCAGUAG